CACAGCCUGACCCGAACCUACACCACUCGCACGGCACGGUCGAGCCCUUCGAGUCCCGACUCCGUCGCAUCCCCAUCUUCUCGAAAAUCUCCGCCGGUGAUCGCCGUCCUCUUCUCCGCCGGCAAUAGCCAUCCUCACCUCCACUCUCAUCUUAUGUACUCCUAGAAACCUUAGAGCUUGCCGUACAGUCUGUCCGGACUCUCAGCAUAGCUAGGCCAUGCUUCCCAGCGACCUAAGACUAGAGCAAGCGUCUCCCUCUUUCCAUGGCUCCCACUCUCCAACACCGGCGACUGAUUCUCUGAGAUCCGGUUAAGUUGAGCUGCGGAAGGAAUCAGUCCGACAAUUCAGCAGGAAACCAGCUCCUGAGCUGCUUCACGAAGCCACCGGUCACUUCUGGCAGUAAACGAAGCCGACACAAAGGAAGAGCCUUUAAACCCUAUCGAGCUAAUAAAAGGUAAAAUCUUCAGUUGCGGCGCCGUUUUCACCUGUGCUCAUAUUCUUAUUCAGCUGGAGCGAUUGCUUUGGCCCCCUUUCCCCUGCGAUGGCGCGGCGGGAAGAGAAGCUACGGUGCACGAAAGAACCUUUCAUCGAGGACGUAGGCCCUCGGCGGAUAAAGAGUAUUAAGUUUAGCGCGUUCUCCGGCGAGGAAAUAAGGAAGUUGGCGGAAGUGCAGGUUUGGAAUAACAGAAUCUAUGGUGCCGAUUUGAGGCCCGUUCAGAAUGGCCUGCUUGAUACUCGCAUGGGUGCGGCAAACAAGGCUGGAGUUUGUUCUACAUGCCAUGGCAAUUUUACACAGUGUCCUGGGCAUUUCGGAUACCUAAAGUUGACACUUCCUGUUUUCAACGUCGGCUAUUUCAAUUCUAUACUGAACAUCUUGAAGUGCAUAUGCAAGGUCUGUGGUAGGAUACUUCUCGUUGAGGAUGAUCGGAAGGCUUUUUUGAAAAAGAUGAGAAAUCCUAAAGCUGAUAUAUCUAUGAAGAAUUCUCUUAUGAAGAAAAUUAGAGACAAGUGCAAACUUUCUAUUUGUCCAUGGUGUGGAAGUAAAAAUGGUGUAUACGAGGCAUACUCAACCAAAACCUGUCUCAUGUCCCUCACCUCCUCUUACUAUAGCUUUGAUGCUCCUUGCCCCUUUGAUAUUGAUCUGCCCAUUGCUCUUCGUAAAGGAGUUAUUAAAAAAGCUAGAUCUUCGUUAGCCAUUGCUCAUGAUUUUUCUAGAACCAUUGAUGGAAGCAAAGAUGAAGUUGCUGCUGCAAUGUCUCACAUCAGUGGCAAAGUUUUGCAAAUUGGGCACACUCUAAGUCCUGUUAAUGUAUUCUCUCUUUUCAAAAAAAUGCUUGAUGAGGACUGUGAAUUGCUUAAUCUUUCUGAUAGACCUGAGAAAUUUAUUGUGACAAACAUUGCUAUACCACCUGUGAGCAUCCGUCCUUCUGUUUUUGUUAAUGCUGGAGUUUCAAGCAACGAGGAUGGUAUUACUAGCAUUCUGAAAAAUAUUAUUAACACCAAUUCUAUUCUUCGAGAGGACCUUGAAGGUGGUUCACCCCCACCAAAAUGUUUGGAAUGCUGGGAUCACCUUCAAAUUCAAGUUGUUGAAUAUGUUAACAGUGAAGCCCCUUCAAUUCCCGAUUCAAAACAUCGUGGCCUUGUUCAGAGGCUUAAAGGGAAGCAAGGGCGUUUUCGUGGUAACUUGUCUGGAAAACGUACUGAAUUUACUGGAAGAACUGUCAUUUCUCCAGAUCCAAAUUUGAAAAUUACCGAGGUUGCAAUCCCUAUGCUUAUGGCAAAGAAAUUAACUUACCCAGAACGGGUAUUUGCUCAUAAUAUAGAAAAGUUGAGACAACGGAUAUGCAAUGGACCUGACAAAUACCCAGGGGCAAACUUCCUUUUACUACCAGAUGGAGCCAGACAGCAUUUAAGAUAUGUGGACAAGAAAACUGCCGCUAGUGAACUAAAACAUGGUUUUAUAGUAGAAAGGCAUUUGGAAGAUGGAGAUGUCGUUCUUUUUAACAGACAGCCAAGUCUGCAUAGAAUGUCAAUUAUGUGCCACAGGGCAAGAAUAAUGCCUUGGAGAACAUUGAGAUUUAAUGAAUCUGUUUGCAACCCUUACAAUGCUGACUUUGAUGGUGAUGAGAUGAAUUUACAUGUCCCUCAAACAGAAGAAGCACGCACUGAAGCUCUUACGCUUAUGGGGGUUCAAAAUAACUUGUGCACUCCAAAGAAUGGGGAGAUAUUAGUUGCUUCAACACAGGAUUUCCUGACUUCAUCAUUUCUGAUUACGCGGAAAGAUACCUUCUAUGAUCGAGCUACAUUCUCUCUUUUGUGUUCCUACCUGGGUGAUGCUAUGGAUUCUGUUGAUUUGCCUACGCCAGCCAUUAUGAAGCCUGUUGAACUAUGGACUGGGAAGCAACUUUUCAGUGUUCUUGUGCGUCCUAAUGCACACACAAAGGUGUUUGUUAAUCUUAUAGUCAAAGAGAAAAUAUAUACAAGAGAGACAAUGUAUAGAAAAUAUGAGACCAUGUGUCCUAGUGAUGGAUAUGUAUAUUUUCGUAACAGUGAGCUUAUAAGUGGGCAGCUUGGGAAGGCUACUCUAGGAAAUGGUAACAAGGAUGGCCUAUUCUCUGUUCUCUUAAGAGACUAUAAUUCUCAUGCUGCUGCAAGUUGUAUGAAUCGUUUGGCUAAGCUAAGUGCUAGGUGGAUAGGGAACCAUGGAUUUUCAAUUGGCAUUGAUGAUGUCCAGCCAGGAGAACAUCUCACUUCGCAAAAGAAGAAAAAAAUUGAUGAUGGAUACAGAGAAUGCUAUGACCUUAUUUCUUCAUAUAGCAAAGGAAAACUUUCAUUGCAGCCUGGUUGCAAUGCAGCUCAGACCUUGGAACUUAAGAUAACAAAUGUAUUAAAUGAAAUACGAGCUACUGCUGGAAAUGUUUGCAUGGAUGAACUUCACUGGAGAAACAGUCCCUUAAUUAUGUCACAGUGUGGCUCUAAAGGUUCUCCAAUCAAUAUCAGCCAGAUGGUAGCAUGUGUUGGUCAACAAUCAGUUGGGGGUCAUCGUGCUCCUAAUGGAUUUAUAAAUCGAACUCUUCCACAUUUCACUAUUAAUUCAAAGACUCCAGCUGCUAAAGGCUUUGUUGCUAAUUCAUUUUACACUGGCUUGACGGCUACGGAGUUCUUCUUCCAUACAAUGGGUGGACGAGAAGGUCUUGUGGACACAGCAGUAAAAACAGCAGAAACCGGAUACAUGUCUCGGAGAUUGAUGAAAGGCAUGGAAGAUCUCUCCAUUUAUUAUGAUCAGACAGUGCGCAAUGCUAGUGGUGGUGUAGUACAGUUUGUUUAUGGAGAUGAUGGCAUGGAUCCUGCAAAGAUGGAAGGCAGGGAUGGUAUUCCCUUAAAUUUGGAUCAAUUGUUUAUGAAGAUUAUGGCAACUUGCCCUCCUGGAGAAAAGAACAUGUUAUCUCCCUUAGAAAUUUCAAAAAUUGUGGACGACAGAUUGGCAAAGCAUGAUAUGUCACCUGAGGGUGGUUGCUCUACUGCCUUCAACAAAUUGUUGUCUAAUUUUGUCCAUAAACGUGCUGCUGCUUUUGCAAACACAAGGAAAUCACUUCAACUUGAUGAAGCUGUUGUAGAGGGGAAGCGUUCCACUGCAUUGGAAAAUAUUGUUGCUAAUAUAUCAGGAAUUUCUUCUAGACAACUGGAGGUUUUUCUAGAGACAUGUAUAUCACGAUAUCAUUCGAAAAAAGUGGAAGCUGGAGCAUCAAUUGGUGCAAUUGGAGCCCAAAGCAUCGGAGAGCCAGGGACUCAAAUGACAUUAAAAACUUUUCACUUUGCUGGAGUUGCUAACAUGAAUGUCACUCUUGGAGUUCCGCGUAUCAAGGAAAUAAUAAAUGCUGCAAAAAACAUAAGCACACCGAUUAUUACUGCUGCACUUGAAAAUGAUAACAAUGUCGUUUUUGCACGCAUGGUGAAAAGCUCAAUCGAGAAAACAACCCUAGGGGAAGUUGCCAAAGCAGUAAAGAUAGUGUUGGGCUCAGGUCAACCAUAUAUAUCUAUAAAACUUGACAUGGACCUAAUUGAAGCAUUACAUAUGGGACUCACUGCUGAAUCUGUUCGUCACUCAAUCCUGAAUCAUCCAAAAAUAAAACUAAAAGAAGAGCACGUAUGCAGUGUAAGACAUGACAAGUCGAAAAUAUACACCCCAGAAGUUGAUAGAAGAAAGCUCCUGUCUGAACUACACAACUUAAAAUCCAUGCUUCCAAAGGUUGUUGUGAAGGGCAUCCCAUCUGUCGAGCGAGCAAUUAUCAAUGAAAAGAAAGUUGACAAUGAAAAGAAGGUAGAAUACAGCCUAUUGGUUGAAGGGACAAACCUUUUAGGUGUCAUGGGAACUCAGGGAAUCGAUGGAAGAAAAACAACAAGCAACCAUGUCAUUGAAGUUCAGCAGACGCUCGGAAUUGAAGCUGCAAGGAAGUGCAUCGUUAAUGAAAUUCAGUAUACCAUGCGAAGCCAUGGCAUGAGUAUCGAUCUUCGCCACAUGAUGCUCCUGGCGGAUCUAAUGACUUAUAAGGGUGAAGUUCUCGGGAUUACAAGAUUUGGCAUUUCAAAAAUGAAAGAAAGUGUUCUGAUGCUUGCUUCCUUUGAGAAAACUGCCGAGCACCUGUUCAAUGCUUCCUACGCCGGUAGGGAUGAUCGUAUCGAGGGAGUGAGCGAGUGUAUCAUAAUGGGCAUCCCCAUGCAACUCGGUACCGGAAUACUUAAACUCAGACAAAGGGUCGAAAAACUGCCCGAACUCAAGUACGCAUCCGAUCCAAUUAUACCCUGAGAGCUUCAGUCAAGCAGCACUUGUGUUCAUCAAGCCGGUACAGGAUGACGCUGCGCAGAGAGCCACCGAAGGUAUAUCAUUCGGUGCAGAAUUGGCGAUUUGUCAUGCUCACGGCACAGUGUAAUGUAUAAUCUAGAUAGUUAUUCUAAUAAGAUAGUUUACUUAAUGGAAAUGCAUUUCUCCCAA